UUGGCUCCAGGCAUGACAUGACUACGAGUCUUGAGGCCUGGGCCGGAUGCGUGUCGUGCUGCUGCUCUCAACCAUUUAUGCAGUGAAGAGCCAGGCCGCAGAGGAGGACCGCCUGGAUUUCUCCUACACUCCUACGAACAAACUGGCAACAAGCGAGCAUGUGGUCAGCGGGACUAUCAGCCUCAAUGGCACUAUCUCCCCCGAGAUCGUUAGCAGGCUGAAUUGGGCAGCUGAGAAUGCGCUGGUCCAGGCUUGCGGCCACGGAACCAAGGUCCUCUCCAGUGCCAUCCUCCAAUUAUCCUGGCAAGCAAGACGAGGAGUGGACAUCAAGUUCCAUUUGCUGCCACGGCUGGGCGGAGGCCUCUUGUUUUGACCCAUUGUAAUGUCUGGCCUUGAAGCGUGAGAGCAAACAUCGUGCGGGGCUUGUUCCAGCUCUUCGUGUCUCUUUGCUUAGGCGGUGACUGUUCCAUGACGCUUGUGGAAGCAUCCGCUGGUGGCUAUUCGCCGCCCUUUCCUUUGACUGGGCCAAACCGGAAGCUCGUUGCGCUCCAAAGUCACGAGCUGCAAGUGCUACGCCAUACUUGAUCAGUUUUGAGACCUUCCGUUCGUUGUCGAGUGUGGGGCAGGGGGACUCUCCCGUGCCGUGACUAGCCUAUGCAGCAUCGCAGAAAGAGUACUCAUGAGCCAGAUACAGACUGGACGAGCAUGCUCUAGAACUGUAACAUAAGGCAAACCACCCAGAGAGUCCAUGCAGGAUGGACCAUUUGAUACCAAUUGCAAUGGUGUAUCCUUCAGGAGAAGGCAGACAGGCCCCUUGCAACAUAUCCAUGCAGUUUCAGGGAUCAUCUCUCGCACUUGAAGCGUUGCAUGGGCCAAAGCGGGGCCUAUCUGAGGAAGCCGACUUUCAGAAACAUGAUGCAGAAUGAAUUGGCAUUGCUGGGCUACACAGCCUUGAUGUCAGAUUAUUACAUGCGGCUGUGGCGGGUCACCUGCAGCGUUCGAGAUAUUUUCAGGC